GGACGCGGGGCAGGAGGGGCGACGGCCAACGUGGUGUGCAUGCAGAGGAGGGCGCGCAGCCCCUCGGACAAAGCGGAAGAGGACGGCUGUGCCAAUAUUGCAAUAUCACGUCGGGGCUGCAGGAGUCACGCGCGCUUCUCACGCCGAGCGACAACCGAGAACCGAGAACCGAGAACCGAGCGUGUGCCCCCGUAUCAUGGCUUCGUUGUACCAGAGGUUCUCCGGCAAGAUCAACACCGCCAAUUCCUUCCCGCAGCCACCCGAGGCCAGCCGCCUGCUCGGCGGCCAGGUGGCGGACGAGGAGCGCAGGACCCCGCCGGAUGCGAGGCUGCCGGUCCAGUGCCGCAGGAAAUGCGCGCGGGACGACGAGGAUGACCUGGUGGGCAGCUCGCCGCCGCAGAGGAACUGGAAAGGAAUCGCCAUCGCCCUGCUGGUCAUCCUCGUCAUCUGCUCCCUGAUCGUCACCGCCGUCAUCCUGCUGACCCCCCGUGAAGAUGACAGCCUGGCCCUCAAGAAGAAGGUCACCCUGGAUGACGUCUUUGGUCCGGACCUCCGCGUCCACGACCCCGACGCCGUGUGGCUCGGCGGUAACGAGCUGCUGUAUCGCACAAGAGAAGGCGACGUCGUCAAGCUUAAUGUGGACGCGGAGGAGAAACGCGUUGUUGUGCCAAACCAGAUGUUUGAAAGAUCGAAGGCCGCCAGGUAUCAAGUGUCACCUGACCUGCAGCAAGUGCUCUUCGCCUUCAACUUGAAACUGAUCUAUCAGCACUCCUAUGUGGCCAAGUACAUCAUUUACAGCCUUGUAACACAGGAAACUUGGCCCUUGAACCCUCCUGAGGUACACGAAGCUGUGCUGCAGUUUGCUGGGUGGGGACCCAAAGGCCAACAGAUGAUCUUCAUAUUUGAGAACAACAUCUACUACAGAGCAACAGUAGAGAGUCGCACCAUCCGCCUGGUUUCCACCGGAAAAGAGGGUGUGGUCUUCAAUGGCCUGGCUGAUUGGCUCUAUGAAGAGGAGAUCCUGCAGAGCUACAAGGCCCACUGGUGGUCUCCCGAUGGCCUGCGUCUUGCCUACAUGACCAUCAACGACACGCUGGUGCCAAAGAUGGAAGUCCCGUUCUUCACAGGAACGCCAUAUCCCAACACUUUGGAAUACCACUACCCAAAGGCCGGGGAGGCAAACCCUGCCGUGCACCUGUCGGUGGCGAGCCUCAACGGUCCUCUGCACACUGUGGUCAUGAAGAAACCCGAUGACCCCCGAAUCGGGAAGGAAUAUUACAUCACAAUGGUGAAAUGGGCCACCAGCACCAAACUGGCUGUCAACUGGCUGAACAGAGCGCAGAACAACUCCAUCUUGACUCUGUGUGAGGCUACGACAGGCGUCUGCAUCAAGAAACAUGAAGACGAGAGCACAAGCUGGCUGCACAGACAGAACGAAGCGCCGCUUUUUUCCCACGACGGACGCAAGUUCUUUUUCAUCCGAGCGAUUCCUCAGGGUGGGAGAGGGAAGUUCUUCCACAUUUCUAUGUCCACCUCCACGCCUAACACGAGCGCGGACAUUCUUCAGUCGCUGACCUCGGGAGACUGGGACGUCACCGACAUCCUGGCCUACGACCGCCAGAGGAACCUCAUAUACUUCCUGAGCACGGAGGACGACCCCAAGCGGAGACACUUGUACAGCACGGACACGAUUCCUCCGUUCAACCGCUGCUGCCUGUCCUGCCAGUUCAAGUGCGGCUAUGUGGACGUGUCGUUCAGUCACAACAUGCGCUACUUCCUACUCAGCUGUAAAGGGCCUGUCAUUCCCAGUGUGGCCGUCUACAGAACAGAGGACAAACAGAGUAAGUGCGACAUUUCAUACUUGCGAGAAGAGAACUUAACUCGUGCGCAGACUGUCACGCGCAGCCGGCGGCGUGUGUGUUUAUCUGCAGAGCUGCUGGACGUGGAGACGAACAAGAGAGUCAACACGACGUACAACAACCUGCAGAUGCCCAGAGUGGAGUACCAGACCAUCACCAUCGAUGACUACACCCUCAUCAUGCAGAUUCUGAAGCCGGCUGGGUUCGUAGACGCAGCCCAUUACCCCUUACUGCUGCUCGUUGACGGGACGCCCGGCGGCCAGAUGGUGACCGAGCGCUUCCAGGUGGACUGGGCCACCAUCCUGGUGAGCAGCUUCAGCGCCGUCGUCAUCCGCUUCGACGGCCACGGCAGCGGCUUCCGGGGCACCAACCUCCUCCACAAAGUGCACAGGAGGUUGGGGAAGCUGGAGGAGAGGGACCAGCUGGAGGCGCUCAGGUUCAUAUCCAAAGAGCCUUACAUCGACAAGAAUCGGAUGGGAGUGUACGGAAAGGCUUACGGAGGAUAUUUAGCCACACUGCUGCUGAGCUCGGACGAGUUCGCUCAGCUGAAAUGCGGGACUGCAGUCUCGCCCGUCACCGAUUUCGAGCUUUACGGGUCGGCAUUUUCAGAACGAUACCUGGGCCUAAAGACGGAUUCCAAAGUAUACACGAUGUCCAAUUUAGCUCACAGAGUCGGUCAGUUGGUGCAGAAGCAGUACUUGAUCAUCCACCCCACAGCAGACGAGAAAGUUCACUUUCAGCACACGGCCAAGUUUAUCAACCAUUUAAUCAGCAAGAAGGCCAAUUACACUCUUCAGAUCUACCCAGACGAGGGCCACUUCCUGCACAGUGAGGACACCCAGAAGCACCUGAGCCGCUCGUUGGUCAAUUUCUUCGGGGAGUGUUUCCGGCUACCCGAAGUGCCGAAGGACGUGCGGCGGGAAGUGGACGAGGACGACAGCUAGACCCGCACCUCCUCCCGUGCAUCGAUCGCCCCGCCCCGUCCGAGCCCACCCCCGCCGAGCCCCUGGCACAAUAUGCAACAUGUAACAAAAUCAAGUGACCCGACUCGGAAGUGCCGAACCCGCACGUUGCGACGGUCCUCGGCUUCCGCCCCCGCUGCCCCGCCCCCCCUCCCCCGUCACCCUGUGCUGCCCGCUGCCCCCCCCCCCCCAACAGGGAACGUGAACAGAUGUCCUGCCCCUAUCAAAGAAUCGGCCGUGUUGUCCGAUGGGAAAUCCUGGAAAACGGAAGCGGGAACAUUGACGACCUACAGCCCGGAGAAUACACUCACCAGACAGUUUAUUAGGUACAAUCUAAUGCGCUCCAAAACACAAGCUGUAUUAUUUUUACAUAGCUUAUAAUGCUCAAGUUUUGAUAGCUUUCAUAGUAGGACUGCAACUAACGAUUUUUUCUUUCCAAUUUUAAUAAUCAAUAGAUGAAUUGGAUCAAAAAUAUAUCGUUUUUGAAACUUCCAUCCCUUUAUACCAAAACAGCACAUUAUUUCAAACUGACAUGAAAAAAAACCCAAACACAUUGAUUCUGAUUCAGUCUUAUUUUGAUUAAACACAUCAUAAUCAGUCUGCUUUCAUGAAGGACUGCAGAAAUCUGAAAAUAAUUAUUGUAGAGCGGCAACAAUCUCAAUUUUAAGUAAAACAAGAUCAAAAUCAAUCCAAAUAGUUGUUGAUUAAUUUAAUAAUGAUUAGUUGCCGAUUAAGUGGUCAGUUAAGUAAGGUUACGUGGUUGCUUUAAAUGCACGACCUCGAAAUGGUUUUUGCUUGAUAUUGACAGUCAAAAUUGGACUGGGCGUGGCACCGAACAGCUUGAAGGCUCUUGAAAGAAAUGGUCAUCUUCUGCCGAAUUGCUGCGUGUUGUGAAGCGAGUUCGGUGGAGCUCGCUGUGACUGUCGAGCGCACGUAAACAAAGAAAUUGCAAUCGCGUCGCUCAAAAAGUCAAGGUAAAUACUUUUCAAAGUUAUUCUUUACCAACUGUCAAUCCAAACUCAGCCUUAUUAUCUUUGUCGAUGUUGCACAAUUUUGGAUCGAGCUGCUGUUUUGGACGCCAUGAGCCGAGCGCACGUGUAGCUAAUCUUGUGGUCGCGGAGUGUAACGUAAAAGUCAAAUUAGGAUAUUCGACAGAUCGGAUAGGACCAGAUAUGUGGUGUGUUUGCCACAAUUUAGCGCAAGACGGAGCAGUAAAACAGAUCUGAGGUGGGGCCUCCAGGAAACCAGCACUUUUCAGCACAAAAUAUCGCCCUCUAUCGACAUGGAGACUGAACUGCUAGUUCCCGGUGACGGUCGCCUUGCCAAUGCGUUAACUGGUUGUUGUGUUCACAAGUACAAUACUCUCUGUUUGGUGUUUUCCCACCCUAUACAGUAAGUGCCGUUUGUCUUUUGUACAAAGGAGUAUUAGGGAGACACUGAGAAGAAGAGAGAGAAAAAUACACUUAAGGUUUAAGUCCUAAUCUUACAAAGGUAAAGUUAUCUAUUGAAAAAAAAUAUAUAUUUGUAUUUGGGAGAAUUUGUUGUAUUUUCACAAAAAAUAUAUAGUAUCUCGAAAACAAAUUUCUUUCUCAAAAAUGUACAACUUUUUCUCAUUAAAAAAAUACUUUAAUCUGGAAAACAAACAAAACAUUCUUGAAUACAUACUUUUUAUGUGAAACAUUUUUUUUUCAUUUGGAAUUAUGAUUUUUGUUUCCUCUCUAAAGUUUCGGCUUGUCCCAUCACAGGUUACUCCAACUUUGUUCACCUAAAGUUAGGACUUGUUUCUCAAAAAUAUCUGAUUUUACUGUGGUAAAAUUACAACUUUAAUCUAAAAAAAAAUCUGGAUAAUACUUUCUUGUAAAGUUGCAACUAAAUCUAAAACAAUGUAUCGCUGGCAUUGCGCGGAUUCCUCAUAUCUCCAAAAGCAACACUUUUCAGGGAACCAAAUAAAGAAAAUAAAAAAAUAAAUAAAAAAAACAGCACAUUUGUUGAACCGUUAAAACUGUAUUGUCAAACAGAGCGAUUUAUAGAAACAUGUAAAUCUACGAAAUUUAGACGUGGGAGGUUUCAGACCGAAGCAUUAAAAAACAUUACGUCAGUCUCAUUAAAUUAGAACGUUUUUUUCAUAAAAUUAUGAAUUUGAUCUCGAUAAUAUACAACCUUUAUGUAAAAAAAAGAAAAGAAAAUGCACUUUACCUACACACACACACAUAUAUAUAUAUAUAUAUAUAUAUAUAUAUAUAUAUAUGCCAGGACGACUGGCAACCCUAACGACGAUAAGCAGUAUAUAGAAAAUUGGACGCUUGUAGUGAUUUAUUUAGAUUUUCAGGUUGGCCUAAUACUCCUUGGUACUUUUGCGUGGCUGCGUCCGUUUGACAAAUCAAAGGCACAAUGUUGUAGUUCAUCAAACGUGUACAAAUAUUCAAUCGCGUCCACUCUUUGGGUUCUUUUUAGUCACCGUGCCUUAAAAAGUGGGCGGACGUUCAAUAUUAGAAGCCCACGUGACGAUGGAAGUGAGGGAAUAUGACUUCUUUUUCUGUUUGUGAGCAAGAAAAACAUUUCACUGAUCAAUUUGACAGUUUGGCGGAAGAUAUUAUACUGGUUUGUAAAUGUAGAUUUACAAUCGGCAGAUGAUCUGGGGAGUUCUCCAUGUUGAAGUCUCAUUAUGUUGUGAAUUAUUUUUGUGUGCUAAAUGGCGAAAACUCUUUACCAGUCGAAUUAGUUCGCGUCAGUGGUUUGUAGUCAGCUGAUGACGUACAAAGUGUAUAAAAUAAGACAAUGUUUGAGUCUUUAUGUUGUAUGUGCAACUUGUACAUAAAGCAUU